AUGUCAAUGUCAAAUCAAACAAAAAAUAUUUACAAUUACGAUUUGUAAAUUGCACAAUUUAUAGUAUUUUUGCGUUAAAUAUAAAAAAUAACAAUGGCACAAAACGAAGCUGGUCAAUGUACAGACGAGGAGCCACUAAAACAAGUGUUUGAUAAUGCCAUGAAACUGUAUGAUACUAUUGAAAAUGGUAAUGAAGCGACAAAUAGCGACCCGGUACAGAUGAGCAUCAAAGCAGCUAUAUCAAAGUUUGAGAAGGCAACUAAUUUGGUGUCCAUGCUGGGUUUGUUCAGUAGAAACGAAAGCCUUGAGGAGUUGCCUACAGAGACACUACAGUACCUCUUACUGCCAGCAUUGCUAGGAACAUUGAAUUUGAAAUUAUGUGGCCAGCCACGAAAAGAUAUAAUUAAUGUUGCUGAAAUUUACUUUAGAGAUUUUCUCCAGAGAUGCAAAGAUUAUGGUGUAACAGAUGUUGAAGUUCCACAGAUUAGUGAUAACAGUCAGGGCACAGUCUCCAGGCCGCAGAGUGAACAAGCUAAGAUUGCUAAUAUGGUACUGUCAAGAGAAGCCAAAAUCAAAAGGUACAAAGAGCAAAAGGAGCUCAAAGACAAGUUGAGCACACUAUCAAAAUCUAUGUCCUCGCCCAAUGUGGAUGAUGAGACCAAACGGGAGUAUUUCACAACCCUGCUACUCAAUUAUGUCAAUCAAGCAUUGGAUGAGUUGAGCAGUAUUGAGCAAGAGAAGCCUAUACUUGAGUAUAUGGCUAAACAUGCUGGAGAGCCAAAACCAAUGAAAGAUAAACCUCGAGCGCCUCCGUUAAAACCUGUUAUUAUCACACGCGAUGCGAUACAGAAAGCGGUGUAUGGAGCAGGAUAUCCAUCUCUACCUACCAUGACUGUGGAAGAGUUCUACGACCAGAGGGUCAGAGAUGGUGUGUUUCCUGGGAAUGGCACAAACAUACCGCACACCACCAUACAGAACGCUGAAAAUGAUCCCGACGAAGCAGAGAAAAUUCAAAAGGAACAUCUAGAAGAUGAUGACGACCCUGAGGAGUUGCAGAGGAAGCGCAAUAUGGACGAGUACAAAGAUGAUCACCGUAGGGGCUGGGGCAAUAGAUACAACAGGAGUUAACAUUACUUAUGUUCUGAGCCUGGAGUAUUACAUAUUGACUCACUAUAUUAGUGCUCAUGUUUAUUUGCCUUUCUAUACAUUUUAAAUUUAUUUACAAGUGUUCAUUCGAAGGUUUGACUCGAAAGUAAAAUUAGGAUGUGCUUAUUAAUAAGUAUUGUUUCUAUAAACUAAUUAACAAAUAAAAUGUUAACUAUCUUUUCAACCGAAUGCAAAAAGGAGGUUUUCAAUUCUGUUGUAUGUUUUUUUUUUAUGUUUAUUACCAAUUUAUUACGUCAUUUAAAAACCGAUUUGAAAAAUUCUUUUUUCAUCUAAAAGCAUAUACUUACAUAUUGGUUUCAUAGACAUUUUAUAAAAAUCUAUUAAUUAGUUUAGUUUUUAAAUAAAAAUAUUUGUUUUUGUCAUAAA